AUGAGAUAUCGUUUAUAUUAGAGCCGGGGAAGAUGAUUUAUUUGAAAAAAACGAAAACACAAAUCCGUGUUCGGAGACGAAAAUUGAACAACAGCAGCUGCAGCUGCAGCACAAACUUCUUCAGCUCCACCUUGUACUUUUAGUAAUCUGACAUUCCCGGUCAACUUUGGAAGGAAUAUCAUAUCAUUGAUAAUGCAAACAAAUGAAGAGCGCGAAAAACCUGUCUUUGAAAACUCAUUUUUACAGUGGAGUCAAUGGCAGCUGUUGGAUUCUAUUCUACCUACCGGUGGAUUCGCUCAUUCUUUUGGUCUUGAAGCAGCAGUUCAGUCCCGCUUAGUGUCUGAUUCAAAUGAGCUCAAGACAUUUCUUAUUCAUGUAUUGGAGAAUACAGGGAGCUUGUUCCUUCCUUUUGUGUACUUGUCUUGCAUGUCGCCGAAUAUGGAAACCUGGCAUAAACUUGACAGGAUAUUGGAUGCUACCCUUACUAAUGAAGUGGGUCGAAAGGCAUCAAUCUCACAAGGAUCUGCAUUAAUGAGGGUAGCUUCAGCUGUGUUUGCGGAGAUUCCUUCUCUCAAAACAAUGAGAGAUUCUUCUAUGAAGUUAGGGACUGUAUCUUUUCAUCACGCUCCUAUAUUUGGACUAACAUGUGGUGCGUUGGGGUUCGAUAGUACAAGUUCUCAGAGAGCUUUCAUGUUCAUAACAAUGAGAGAUGUGGUAUCUGCUGCUACAAGGUUGAACUUGAUAGGACCCCUUGGUGCAGCAUUGUUGCAACAUCAAGUUGCUCCUAUUGCUGAAGUUAUAUUAGAAAAAUGGAUGAAUCGUGAUGUUGAGGAAGCAUGUCAAACUAUGCCUCUUCUAGAUACUGUGCAAGGUUGUCAUGGUUACUUGUUUUCAAGAUUGUUUUCAUCUUAGAAGACCACAUAUAUUGUUUUUAACAUUGAAGUACUGUUUUCGGAAUUUGGAAUGGUUUUAACUUUUCAUUUUGCAUUUUAUUGUUUGAUGUUUCACACCAAAUGGUUCUGAACAUUCACUUUGUUGAUAA